ACACACCUGUGUAACCAAAACUCACUCACUCGAGCAUUCAAAAUCUCUACGAGCUUCAUCACCUCUCUCUAAAAUUCCCCUCCUUUGAGUGACUUAACCGUCGACAAUAUGGCUGGCUCCUUGGUCCUUAAGCUCUCAGGCAUGGUGCUUCUGUGCAUGGUGGUGGCUGCACCCGUUGCAGAGGCGGUCAUAACAUGUGGGCAGGUGGCUAGCAGCGUGUCGAGUUGCCUUGGGUACCUCACGGGUAAGGUUGGUACAGUCCCUCCAAGCUGCUGCAAUGGGGUCAGGAGCCUCAACAAAGCGGCCGCUACCACACCUGACCGCCAGGCCGCCUGUGAGUGCCUGAAAAAGACCGCUAGUUCCAUCCCCGGACUCAACCCUGGUCUUACUGCUGGCCUCCCUGGCAAAUGUGGUGUCAGCAUCCCUUACAAGAUCAGCACCUCCACGAACUGCAAAACUGUGAAAUGAGGCCGAUGGAGAAGAAAUUUUUCAGCCACAGGAUAUAACUAAAGUAGCUAGCUAACUAGCUUGGGAUAAAUAAAAGAAAGGGUGUUUGGACCAUGUGAGGCUCCUCAUGAGGGAGCCUCGUAUUUAUAUAUGUACGAGUCCUGUUGCUGUUUGUAUCGAUUACGGACGCUACGUGCUACUUCAUUUUCUGUAAUAAAUAAAUAUAUAUCUAUGUAUUAAACAA